AAAAAAAAAAAAAAAGGGGUUCUUUCAAUGAUCAUACUUGCUAUCUGAUCAAAUCGCGAUUUUCAGAGAUGGCGGAAGUGACGAAAUUAUUGUACAUCGUGGUGGUGGAAGAAGAUGAAAAGAGAGAGGAAGGAAAGGAGUCUUUCCGGUAUACAAGACCUGUUCUGCAGAGUACUCUGCAGCUCAUGGGAUGCAAAGCUCGUCAUGGUUUCAAGAUUAGCCAAAGGGUUUUUGAACUGAUGAGAAGUGGAUGUUUUGCGGAUGCUUCACUUUCAUUGGGCGUAAAGUUAUCAAGACAGGAUGUGUCAAAAAAACUUCUUCAGAAAGAGAACAACAGUUGUAAUGAUGCUUGCUUCAAUAAAGCAGAUGGAGGCAGCCAUUUGGUUUCAGAGACUGAUGUUAGAAGUAAAAGCAAAACAUUUGAAUUGUACAAAAUACGCACAACUGUUUUUGUUAGAAGGACAGCAUUCUUAGAUGUUGUUUGUGAUGUUCUUGCUGAAUACAAGUAUGUGGGUCCAAAUCAGCGGGCCGAUCUGAUGUUAGCUUGCAGAAUCCGGGAAAGGAAGGAAUCUGUUACCGUGCUUUUAUGCGGCACUAGUGGCUGUGGCAAAUCUACUUUGUCUGCGCUGCUGGGUAGCAGGUUGGGGAUCACAACUGUGAUAUCUACUGACUCAAUACGACAUAUGAUGAGGAGCUUUGUAGAUGAAAAAGAAAACCCUCUACUUUGGGCAUCAACUUACCAUGCUGGAGAGUACUUGGAUCCUGUGGCUGUUGCAGAAGCAAAGGCGAAAAAAAAAGCAAAAAAGUUAGCUGGUGUUUCAGCCCCUUCACUGACAAAGGGUGACAUAUUUGAAGGUUCCACAAUUGAACAAUCAUCUCUUGAGGGGGGUCCUAGUACUGUCGAAUUGAUCAGUCCAAAACAGAUGGCUGUUGAAGGAUUUAAGGCACAAAGUGAAAUGGUCAUCGAAAGUCUCGAUCGGCUGAUCACUGCAUGGGAAGAGCGGAAAGAAUCAGUUGUCGUUGAGGGUGUUCACUUAAGCCUUAAUUUUGUGAUGGGGCUUAUGACGAAACACCCUUCAAUCAUACCAUUCAUGAUAUACAUCACAAACGAGGAGAAACACUUGGAAAGGUUUGCAGUACGUGCAAAGUACAUGACGUUGGAACCGGCUAAGAACAAGUACGUAAAAUAUAUUCGGAAUAUUAGAACAAUCCAAGAAUAUCUCUGCAAUCGAGCUGACAAGCAUCUGGUGCCGAAGAUAAAUAAUACCAAUGUUGAUAAGAGUGUGGCAGCUAUCCAUGCAACAGUUUUCAGCUGCCUACGAAGGCGUGAGGUGGGAGAGCAGCUCUAUGAUCCCAUCACCAACACAGUUGCUUUAAUUGAUGAGGAGUACAGGAAUCAGUGUACUGCAAAUUCAUUAAGCUCCAAAGGAAUGUUUCAGCUGAUCCAAAGAAAAGGUUCUUCUAGGCAUUUGAUGGCUCUUCUGAAUACCGAUGGCUCUGUGGCAAAGGCUUGGCCAGUCGAUUCAAUUUACUAUAGUGGAAAGCCUGUUCUGGGCCAGUCCAUAGAGAAUGGGAUAGGAACACCUAUGUAUGGACCAUUACAAAUAAGUAAAGCUGAACCUGUUAAUCUGCAGUUUGGUCACUUCGGGAUCAGUGCUUGGCCCAGUGAUACUGGUGGCACAAGUCAUGCCGGCAGUGUUGAUGAGUCAAGGGGUGACCUGACUGAUAAUGGUAGUAGAUGUUACUCUUCCUGCUGCAGCUCACCAAGGAUCUCUGAUGGACCUGCCAAGGAGCUGAAGGAGGAACACUCCGUGCAUGGUAGUGAUGAAGAGGUUGACAAUCCAUCAGAGGUAGACAGUGAUGAGGAUGUUAGUGAUGAUGGUAAAAAACUGAUACAUGAAGAGGUAUGUACGAGCUUUCUGGUCAUUUCAGAAAAUAUAUAUAAAGAACUGACAGGUUUCCCCAAGGUGCAUACGGCUUUUCUGAUUGCAUGCAGUUCACCACAAUCCUAUUGCCCGUGAUAUAUGCUGUAUUACUUUUGGAGAUUUUGACUAACCACAAAUGAUGAUGGAUCAGUACAGGUGUAAUUAUCUUCUAGUCUUGAUGCUGAUGCCAGAAGGAAGUUGAUGGUUCUUCCAUCUGCCCGCCACUGAUGCAGGAAUUUCAUUGUUGAUUUUCAGUGCUACAUUUAUUUGUUACCCCUACCAAAUAUCCUUACCAAAUUCUUAUUACCAAGUGGCAAAUCCACCCAUAACCAGAUUCAAAUUUCACACACACACAGUUCAAAUUUCAAAUUUUACAGAUUUGACAGCAGUGCAUCUUCUUAAGUAGAAUUGUUAAGAGUAUAAUAAUAAUUAUUCACGUGUUUUUAUGCCAGCAAUCAUUGUGGCCAAUUUUUUGUUUUUGCUUCUGGAUUUACAUGUACUUUAAAGUGCAUUUUCUCCAUUUUCAGAUGGAAGGCUCUGUGGAUGAAGAGUAUACCAAGUCAGAUGAGGAGUAUAAUGAUCUUGCCAUGCAAGAUGUUGAAGAGAAUGGCUACUGGUCCGAUGAUGAUGAAGAGACCAAUAGUAAGCUGGUGCCUAUUUCAGGAGACCAAUCAAUUGACGGGGUUAAUUGCAUCCCUGGAGAGAAGUAUAGACAAAAUCUUGACCUCUUCUUGAGAGCAAAUAGUGAGCUUGUGUCUGAGCCAGCUCUAUGCUCUUACUCUUCUCUACGGAAGGAGAAAAAUGAGAAGAGAGUGCCAUCAUCUGGCAAUGUCAAAAUAAGAAGACGUUCUCUUAGUAUUCCAACCUUCGGAAAGCAUGGUUUAGUGAUCGAUAAUCUCAAUCUCUCAGGAGCCCAGCAGAGGUAGCGGCACAGUUUUGUCAAGUUUUAACAAUUUUUUUUUUUGCCUUUGUUCUUCUCCUAGACUUGCAGUAUAGUAUAUGAGUUCCUCCUCUUUUUCGUAGAAAUGUUAAGUACAGAUCUGCUACGCAAGGGAUGUCCUCCUCCAAUCUGUUUUGCUUCAUUUUCACUUUUCAUUUGGCAAAACUGACCAAUAACAACAUAGCAGUUGUAGGAUCUGUGUAAAAGUGUAGAUGGGUCGGAGAGAGAGAGAGAGAGAGCUCACUUCUUUAGGGUAUUGAGUUGCUUGCCUGGGC